AUGGACCUGAGUCGCAAACUAAAUAAAGCAACAGAUGAGAAUUUGAAGAUGAAAACUGUAAAUAACACAUUAACAAAGGAAGUUUCUACUUACAAGCAAAUGAUAUUGACGAAAGACAAAGCCCUUGAAGAAUCUCAAAUCAAUUACACCAAGUGUGCUAAAGAACUGAAUCGUUUGAGGACAGAAUUCCGACAACUUGAGGAGCAGACCUUACAACUGAAAAUGGAAAUGGAAUCUUGUGCCAACACCAAAGACAAAGAAAAAAUCCAAAUUAAGGAACUCUCUGCAGAAAUCAUGAACUUGGUUAACAAACACAAAAAAGCAGAUGAGGAUAAACUGUCUUUCCUGCACAGUGUCUACCAACGUCUCUUGGCUGGACUAACAGUCCUUUUUUUUUUUUAUCCCCUUUUGAGUGUUUUGCAACUCAUGGAUCAUCCUCAGUAUCUCUAUAAUAUUGAUUGCUCUUUCUUUAUUUCUAUAAUAUUGAUUGCAAUUUCCAUUUCUAUAAUAUUGAUUGUCCCUUUCUUCAGCAGAGAUCGAAAAAUCAUUUCAUUUCUAUAUAUCAUUUCUUUUCUUCAUUUCAAUAAUAUUGAUCAUUUCUUUUCUUUAUUUCUAAUUGAUAGAUCGUUUUCUUCAUUUAUUUCUAUAAUAUUGAUCAUUUCCCUUUAUUUCUUAAUAUUGAUUUCUUUAUUUCAUAAUAUUGAUUGCCCUUUCUUUAUUUUCUAUAAUAUUGAUUUCUUCAUUUCCAUAAAUAGAUCGUCCCUUUCUUCAUUUCCAUUGAUCGCCCUUCUUCAUUUCCAUAAUAUAGAUCGUCGCUCUCUUCAUUUCUAUAAUAUUGAUCAUCCCUUCUUUAUUUCUAUAAUAUUGAUUGCCCUUCUUCAUUUCUUCAUUUCUAUAAUAUUAAUCAUCCUUUCUUUAUUUCUAUAA